UGGGCACAGUGUAUCAUUGUGCUUGCCACAAUAUAUACAAAUUAAACAAUGUGGCAGCCAAAGAAAGUCCAUGAUUAAUAACUAUGGAAGUGCUUAGAGAGCACUUACUUGAAGAGAUGUAGGACAAGUUCCAGUUAGCUUUAUGGAUAAGUAUUUGGAUCACUAAUCUGGAGAAAAUGGAUUCGAUUUUCGUUUCGGUCGGGAAAUUUUCUGGACUUCCAUGAGUAUAGCGUAUCGUUGUGCGUGCUUGCCUCACAAUAUACAAAUUAGUGCAAUGGCAGGUAAAAUAAGCCCUUCAAUUAAUACCUGUGGAAAUUCUCAAAGAACACUUAAAUAGAAUAAAGGGAGGUUAAGUUAACCUCCUUAAUCUACCGGAAUCCACUUAGUUACGUGAAAUACCUUGAAAUGCCUUGAAGCAUCCUCUGAAAUUCCCUUGAAACUCUUCCGAAAAUCACUCCCAAUUCUCCCUGAACUCUCGUAAAACGCUUUGAAAGCCCUCUGAAACCUCGCUGUGACUCCUUUAAAACCCUUUGAAGCUGGAAUUUUUCCAAGCAUUAUUAUGGAUUUUUUCUACGUUUUUCUGUAGUUUCGGUAGUCAAUUGCAUAAAAACGGUAGAAUAUUAUGCAGAAUAUUUUUUCUGGAUAUCCUAGGUCAUCCAAACUGUUCUUGUGUUUAGAUCCUAAAGUCUACGAGUGUAACGGUAACUUUUUCCAUUAUACAAAGCUACGAUUUGUAAUAUAUCAUGUCCAGUAAGUCUUCUGAAAGAUUAAUAGACCGGAGUAGUGUUGUUGAUCUGGAUUAUCUCAAAACUAUCUUGAAAUGACUAAUGAUAUGCCAAGGGGAUUGCAGAUUACAGUUUAAAGUGCAUUGUGAGAAUAACUCCUAUUACUAUCAAGAGCUAAACUUCAAGAUAGUUUGGACGACCCUCAAUGUCCCAAUGGUUCAUACUAAUAUAUAGUACACUUCAGGUUACCAGUGACCGCGAUUGAUUAUGAAACGUUACUCAGUAUGUCAGAUAUAGCUGAUAUUACGAGUGUAGACCUGAAGUCCUGAACUCAAAAAUAGUUUGGCUGACCUGGAACGUUCCCAUAGUGUUUCUAAAUGACAUUUGAGAUUUCAAGAGCUUCACUGAUCUCAGCAGAUUAUGCUAUGCUAUUAUUUAUGGUGAAACACAUAGUUGUUCUUGUUGAUUAAAAAGACUUCAUUAUAGAAUAACUUGGACGAAAUUGAAUAUUGCAGAGGUUUAUAAUAAAAAAAGUAGACUUCAGAUUGGUCCAGUAACCACGGAUAAAUAUGCAACGUUACUCAGUAUAGCAGAUAUGGCUGAUGUUAUGAGUGUAUACCUGAAGUCGUGAACUCCAAGGUAGUUUGGCUGAGCUGUAAUAUCUUUGUAGUGUCUCUGAAUAACAUUUUCGAUUUCAAGAGCUGCGCGGAUCCCAUCAAAUUAUGCAAUACUAUUAUUUAUGGCGAAAACACAUGAAACUAUUCUUGUAGAUUUGAAGGACUUCAUUAUAGAACAGUUUGGACGACCCUGAAUGUCCCAAAGGUUUAUAAUAAGCUAGUAGACUUCAGAUUGCUUCAGUAACUGCGGUUGAUAAUGCAGCGUUACUCAGUAUAACAGAAAUGGCUGUUAUUGCGAGUGUAGACCUGAAGUCCUGAACUCCAAGGAAAUUUGGCUGAUUUGGAAUAUCCCUGUAGUGUCUCUAAAUGACAUUUGAGAUUUCAAGAGCUUCGCGAAUCCCAGCAGAUUAUGCGAUACUAUUAUUUGUGGCGGAAACACAUAUAGUUAUUCUUGUAGAUUUGAAGGACUUCAUUAUAGAACAGUUAGGAUGACCCUGAAUGUCCCAAAGGUGUAUAAUAAGCUAGUAGAGUUCAGAUUGCAGCAGUAACUGUGGUUGAUUAUGCAACGUUACUCAGUAUAAUAGAUAUGGCUACUGUUACGAGUGUAGACCUGAAGUUCUGAACUCCAAGGUAGUUUGGCUGACCUGAAAUAUCCUUACAGUGUCUAUAAAUGACAUUGCAGAUGUCAAGAGCUUCACGGAUCCCAGUAGAUUAUGCAAUGCUAUUAUAUGUGGCGAAAAUACAUAAAAUUAUUCUUGUAGAUUUGAAGGACUUCACUAUAUAGGACAGUUUGGAACACCUAGAACAUCACAGAAUAUAAAACACCUUUUGAUAUUCUUGAUGAAGGCUAAAUGAAUACAUACAAACGAAACCCACAUCCAAGUUCAGCUUUUAGAACAACUGGUAUGUCAAUCUAGAGAUUUUCACGGAACUUCGCCCAGAUAUUCUACAGGAGCUAUUUUUGAAAUUUCUGUUAGAGUUGCAUCCAGUAUUUCUUCAGGAGUUCCUUCCUGAUUUUUUUUCCAGAGUUUUUUUUGUAUUGCUUCCGGAAAUUCUCACUUUCUUCCGUAAUUCCUGCAAGAAAUUCUCGUGAGCUUCCAUCUAGACUCUAGAUUCUAGAGUUUCUCCCGGGAUUUCUAUCUACAGGAUUUUCUUCCGGGAUAUUUCUUGAAGCUUCUCGCGGAACUUCCCCAGAUGGUUCUUUUCAGUGAUGCUUUUGGGCUUUCUGCAGGAGAUAUUUCUCAUGGUGAUAUUUCCAUGAUUUCUUGUCACGCGUUUUCUCUGUUCCACGUUGCUCUGAAUAAGACCGAUCGAGUAGUGAAAUAGCUGAUGGCUCUACGCCAUUCGGCAAGUUUUUCACACGGAAAGUGCUCGCAAAGUAAUCUUCGGUGUUCUCGACUGUUGGACGAUUGCGUCAAUAUUGUCUUAGAGCCAACCAUUAGUCUCAUGUCUCUGUGUUUUGGCAGCGAAACGGGAAGGAGGCAACUUCCGUGCACUGGUCUAUUAUUGUACUGCCGUGUAUCGCAGCCCAUAUGCAUAGGAAAUCCAGCAAACAUGGGACUGAUAUGCGAUUCACGGCAGUGUACCACCUACGAAUAUGUGCCACUUGUUUAAUGCCAAUACUAAAGGAGUUCUUUUCGCCACUAGUUCCAGAAAAUUUUCCAGCCGUUUCCUCGUAGUUGUUUCCGGGAUGUCUUGCUGAGAUCAUCUUGAGAUUUCUCUUAGAGAUUUCGUCCCAGGCUUUCGCUGAAUGUUCUUUUGGGAUUCUCUAUUAGUUACUCUUGAAGUUGUUGCUGGGAUUUUUCAUGACAUUGCUUCCGGAAUGUUUCUUGGAAUAACCGACGACAUUUGUUGUCAGAAAUUUUCGGAGAAAUAUCGGUAGAAAUCCUUGUGCAAUCUCUCGAGGAACUCGAAGAAGAGCUUUUGAAGAAAUAUCAAGAGGAAUUUCGGAAUAAACCCCUAGAAGACUGGGACACCUCGAAAAAAAAACUUGCAGGAGUAAUCUGCCGUGAAUCGCAAGUCAGUCCCAUCUGCAUUUUGGGCAAAAUUGAGUUAAUACCCGUUUUCGACCUUUCUUCCGAUGCUCUUUCAGCUACGUAAAUAAAAAUAUAUAAUUUGUUCAGUAAAAUCGAAAAACAACACCAAGUCAGAUUGUCCCAUAAUGAAAAGUAAUCGCAAGUCAGUCCCAUCACGAACUUUUGUACCUUCCAAUACAAAAUUGAUCAAUGUUUUUGUUACUUUCAAAUGUUCUAUAGUUAUUUCUUUACGUUUGAAACAAUUUGUGAAAGCUUCACGAUGAUCGCAGAAGUUUUCAAGUCACGGCAAUUUUUUGAAGUUUUUCAUAUUAAUCAAAUUUGAAAACUUCAGGGUCCAUUUUCUCAAUGCCUACUUUUUACAUAUGGGACUGACUUGCGAUUCACGGCAGUAAUCUCGGGUGAAAAACUAUGGAAUUUCGGGAGGAAAAAUCUUUAAGAAAAACCGUUGGUUUAAAUAUUAGGAAAAUUCUGGAAGGAGCUCUGAAAACUUUUAGGAGAAAAUACGCGAUGGAUUGUGGAAUUCUCUGGAAGGUAUUACUGGAAAAUAUUUCUGCAGAAAUCUCGCAAAACUUCGUGUAAAACUGUUAAAAAUCUAUACCAGAAAACCAUGUAGAGAGCUGCUUGGAAAAGCUUUGGGAGAAUCCCGCAAGAGACUCUGCAAAAAUAUCUGGCAAGUAUCCGGAUUUCAUAGCGGGAGGUACUCCUGUUAAAACCCCGUGAAAAACUUCUGCUGGAAUCCUUGGAGAAACUCUGGCGCUAUUCCCAUGAACAACUCUUAGAAAUCCUGCAAGAAACUCUGGAGGCAAAUCCCUGAAGUCUCCUGAAGACCCUGAAGACUGUUCCGAAAAACCUCCUGAUAAAAAAACCCAUGAUAAAUUCAGAACACCAAGAGAAAUCGCGUGAAGAAUUCUUUAAGAUACCGUGAAAGAAUUGAAAGACGGACUUGUGGUGGAAUUCAAGGAAACAUCCUGGAAUCCCAGAGUUCACCAAUAUCCAUCCGAAUAGCCGAUAUUCAACAUUGUUAAUAUCCCAUCGUAAUUUCUAGAUUAGGGUUUCCCAGCAUUAGGUACUAAACCACAAAUAACGUCUUCGAUAAAUAAUUACUCAAAAUUUGUAGUAAAUGAAAUAUGUAGUACUUCCUAACCACUUUCUUAUGUUCUCAUGCAGCUCAACAAUCAGUGGUAGAUCUAAGAAAAGAAACUCGUGAAAAUGGUGAAAGCUAGCAAAGUUUUUGUCAGCCGACUCGCUACCGGCACCACCGUGGAUCAUCUAUGGGUCCUGUUCAACCGCUAUGGAAAAGUUUUGGAUAUCAACAUAUACGUCUCCACUGCCGUUGUGUUAAUGUCCCAGCGUGAAGCAGCAGAACAAGCCUCUAUGCACCUGCAAGGUCGUAUAGUUAAAGGGUCCAGUAUACACCUGAAACUUCAAGGCUACGUAGAUUGGCAGUUGGAAAGAGGAACCAGCAUAUCGAAAGCUGCGCGAUUGAUGAAUGUGGAUGAAGAGAAAGCAUGUUGGGCUUUUUGGGUCACAAACAUCGGUCAUGGGAUACCGUUGCAGGAAAUUUCGGAACUAUUCCGACCUUUCGGAACGGUGGUGGAUGCUCGAAUGGAUCGAAGCACUAUGUGCCGCGUGGUGUUGCAGUCCGAUUACACGGGCAAGGAAGUGCUUCAUAGAGUUACUGGAACGUACCUUAGAGGAUACCGUAUUAAGGUAGAGUUGUGGAGAGGAGAGCUAUGGGUGCCGCAAGAAGCAAGAAGUCAUCACUCGAAAGAUGAGGGCGAGAAAAACAACGGCUACGAGGUGCUCUACCAGAACAUGAAGUAUGGCCUCUCGGCGACCAAGGAGUUGGCCGAGUACUUUCGCGAGCGCUCCAACCUGGAGGAGUACAACUCCAAGCUGCUCACCAAGUUGGCCAACAAGGCCGGAUCCGGCGGGGGCGGUACGUUUUCGCCCCUCUGGAUCAUCCUCAAGUCGACGACUGAGCGGCUUUCGGAGCUGCACGCCGCCAAGGUGCAGAAGUUGACCGAGCUGGUCAAGAACAUCAACAAGUAUGCCGAGGAGCUGCACAAGAAGCACAAGACCGUCAAGGAGGAGGAGUCGAGCACGCAGGAUGCAGUGCACGCCAUGAAAGAGUCGACGACGGCGGUGGCCAAGUCCAAGGACGUCUACAACACGCGCAUGCAGGAGCUGGAAAAAGCCCGCAAGGACAACUCGGCGAAGGAGAUCGAAAAAUCCGAGGCCAAGCUCCGCAAGCAGCAGGACGACUACAAGGCCCUGGUCGAGAAGCACAACAUCAUCAAGCAGGAGUUCGAGAAGAAGAUGACAAUAACUUGCAAGCGCUUUCAGGAAAUCGAAGAAGCCCAUCUGAAACAAAUGAAGGAGUUUCUCACGUCCUACAUGGAAAUUGUGCAGAACAAUUUUGAUCUAGUUGGACAGGUUCACUCGGAUCUGAAACGUCAAUUUUUGGAACUGACCGUGGACAAACUGCUCGAGCAGUUUGUUCUCAACAAAUAUACCGGACUGGAGAAGCCAGAGUUUAUAGAGCUUGAUUUGAUGAAGUUGGGCAGUCGUUCGUUAGGAACAACGGCCACGGCAGCGGCAACGUCCAGCAAUCAGCUUUUGGUCAACACGUCGAUGCCUAACGCAACUUCGGGUGGAUCGGUAACGACGGCUGGGGAAGGCUCGGUGACGGAUUCACCGGCGCUGUCCACGACUAGCUCCACCCAGCCCGUUCCGAUAAUCAAGAAGGAGAGCAACCUGAGAAGUUGGUUCACGUCCAGUUCCAGCGCAGCCGUCCCGACCAAUUCGCCGGUAAACCUGUCCACUUCGCCUCCGGCUUCCAGCGGCCGGGGUAGUCUCCUGGAUGCCCUCGGGGGUAGUACGGACCGGCCAAUGUCGCCGGCUGCGGCGGGGGAUUCAUCCGCAUCCAGUUCAGCCCAAAGUACGGCUAAGACAAGUAAAUCCUUUUACGGAGACUUUCUAAACAAAACUAAUCAUCAUCAUCAACAACAACAACAACAACAACCACCACAAAACAAGCAACAGCCGCAAAUGAAACAGGAACAAGAAUCGCAACAACAACAACAACAACAACCAAAAUCUUCCCGCCGCACUACCUCCCUUUUAAAUCUCUUCAUGUCUAACUCCCAGGGAAGUCGCGAGAGUCGCGAUUCGACGACCAGUGGCGGAGCGGAUUCCGUGUCCACUAGUACGGCAGGUGGGGGUACCGGUGGUGGUGGCGGUGGUGGAGGCACUGGUUCGGCCAUUUCCGCCCCCACAAGCCCCAACGAUGUCCUCAACAGCAACAGCAACAAUGGCAACGGUCUGGCUAGCACCUUCAUUGGCAGGAACGCGUUACUUCGGGGGUCCAAGUUUUCCGGUUUUCUGAGAAGCCGUCGGGAAAAGGCCAAGUCGAAAAAGACCAAAAAGAAGAAAGACUCCGCCGAAAACUGCAGUGCCAAAGACGAGAAACUUUCCGAUGCUGAGGACAAGGAUGAAACCGUCAAGGCCUCGGAAGCGGCCAGUAGCAACCUGCAGACCACGUCCGCCGUCAGCACGGGCAAUGUAGCGCCAACGGCGACACCGGAAGUCGACGAGGACGGGUACAGUAUACAGCCUCGGGAAACCACCUGGGACAGUACGACCAUCACCGAGAAGAGUAAUAACUUCUACUCCAGCUCGGACAGUGAUAGCGAUGACGAGCGGGGGGAGCGGAAGAUUCACGUGGAAAUCAAACCGCUGAACAAUGGAGCGGCACCGAUAUCGGCCAGCGUGGACGAGCUACGGGCAACGGUGGAGAAUCUGUCGCUAUCGCCGAUAGGGGCGUUGUCGUCGCAGCAGCACCAUCACCACCAUCAUUCGUCGUCGGCCUCGUCGGCCCAUCAUCACCACAGUGGGCCCGGGCAGCACCUGAGUGGUGCCCAAUCGGCCGCCCUGCUGAACAACAACACCCAUCACCAUCUAACUAGUCCGAAUGCGUCCAACGCAUCCACGCCCACGACGGUGCACCCGUAUGCUCCGCUACAGAGCCCCACGCUGUCGAUGUCCACUACUUCCAAUAACCGUUACGCGGAUCUGGGUGACAUCUUUUCGGAGGUGGGCGAUAUCAGUGCCUCGGCGCCAGCUUCGGCCAACUUGACCAAACUGACGCAACGACAGAUCCCCACACCGACGUCCACCGGUGGAAGCAGCAUAGCGAUACCAAGACCACCGUCCCGAAGAUCUGAAGCGGCAGUACGAGGCCGGAUAAGUCCUGCCUCGCAGAUAGCCCGAGCGGACAGUGUGGGUAGCUUGGAAUUCCGAAGUCCCAGCGUCGGAAUAGGGUCAUCCAGGGGUCCUUCGCCGUUGACGAUCGGCAUGUCGGACACGAUACCUUUGGCCGUUGCCUUCCAUGAAAUCAUUCAUGCCUACUUCAGGGGUGCGGACGAAACUCGCUGUCAGGUGAAAAUGUCCGGCGACAUGAUGCUCUCCUUCCCGGCGGGGAUUGUUAACGUUCUAGCGAACAAUCCCAAUCCGGCCAAGCUGGGUUUCCGCAUCAAGAAUCUCCAGAACCUGGACAACGUUGUGCCCAACAAACAGUUGAUCACGAUCGACAAGCUUCAGUCGACUGCCCUCAGUACAACCUUGGAGUUCAACAUGCCAGUAUUAACGUCGAUCUUAAGGCGGCAGUCCGAGCAGAACCCAACGGCGCCGUACUUCAAUGUCGACAUCCUCAAGUAUCAGGUAAAGGCCAAACCGGGGGCCGCUUCGUGUCCAUUCCAGCUGGUGUCCUAUUGGAAGUGCGAACAGAGGCACACGGACAUCAAGAUCGACUACAAGUACAACAGCCAUGCCAUGGCAUUGGCGUCGCCGCUGCUGAACGUAUCGUUAACGGUACCGGUUGACGGAGGCGUAAAAAACGUCCAGUCGAAACCGCAUUCGGCUUGGCAAGGUGAAUCGAAUCGGCUGGUGUGGAACUUUACAGACAUAUCGCAACACUCGGACAACCUGGGCGUCGAUACGUUGCGAGCUCGACUGGAAGUCGGCUCGGGGCCAUCGAAUCCGGCCAUUAUUUCGGCACAGUUCAACUGCGAGGGCACGACACUGUCUGGAAUUGAGUUCGAGUUGGUCGGAACGGGUUACCGCUUGUCGCUGGUGAAGCGACGAUUCGUGUCAGGCAAAUACAUCUGCGAAGGUGACGGUAUUCGUUCGGUGAAAACUCCCACCCCACCGAACGUCGGAAUUCUCUCGCCCAGUCCAUAUAGCAACAAAUCGGCCGGUUCGGGCGGAUCCGGAUAGCAAAAACUCUACUUUUUCGAAUAGAAACGGCCCGGUGGCCGGCCGUGCGGUAAAUGUGAUCGAAAGUGCGACGGCAUGAAAUAUUGUAGUCGCAGUAUGUAGUCAUAAUUACAACGGAACGCGUUGUAUGACACCUACCUUUAGUUAUAGAUAGAGGGACGACUAUCGGUGUAUAUCAGAUCAGGAGAAAAAUAACGUUAUUUACCAAUUUACAGUGUUGUUUCUUUAGUUUACGUACACUUGACGUAACAGAACGAAAUGUUGCCUUUUUCAAACAGAUUAUAUAGAACAGAACCGAAGUACAUUCAUGUUUAUAUUAGCAUAUAGACUAGCUAGUUAGCAAAUCAGGUAAAUUCGAAAAGCGCGCCAACGCUUGUCCCAAUCUGCUUCUGUAAAUACUCAAAUUACGUUCAAAGGCAGUCGCAGGACUAAACGUUUCCUUUUUAACAACUUUCCAAUUCAACUAAUCGACAUUUCCAGGCUUGAAUAUUUAUAAACACCACUUUGGAGUAAAUCUUUUUCAUUUAUUCUAACUCUAUGGUAGCAUGUACAGACAGGAGGAAUCGCCAAUAAUCGUUACAACAGAUGUAGUUUAAGCAAAUCCCGAAUAACAGUUACAUCCGCAGGUUAUCGUUCAAAAGCUUUACCAUUAUCGUGCGGAUACUGUUCCGAAACAACCGUACAACCCGCAUAAUUUAAAACUAGUAUUACAUUUUGAUUCUUCAGAUAGCGGUCGAACCUCGUAGGGCGCUUAGCUAGGUAGCUCAGUUCAAAUUCCAGCAGUUUUGGUGUAAAACUAUCUUUGUACCCUAAUGUUAAAUUACAGAAAAUUGAAAAUUGAUCUUCUGAUCACACUACUGAACUGAUAUUUAGAUGAUACGAACGAAUACACAACAGAGACACAGUGUACACACAUGUACUAUUAUACUAACAAAAAUAUAGCAGCCGUUAGGAAAUAUAUGUUAGACAUAUAUGACACAACUAAACAGACCUAUUCAAAAUCUCACCUAAUGUUACUAAAGCUAACCGGGUUCAGUUUUCAAACAAUAAUGUGAUGGAGGCUUCAAGUUGAUUCGUUGGCACAAGGUUACCAAAAUGUGAAUCAAUUUUACAGGCAAACAGAAGAAAAAAAAAAACGAUCUGCAAAACCGAAAAUAAAGAACGAACAAACAUCUGACAAAAAAAAAACAAUACGGAUACUGAAAACGAAACAAAACUUAUUCCUAGGUGAUAGGUUUUAGCCGAAAUGUCCUUUAACUAGAGAAAUAACAGAAGGAGGAGGAAUAUAUGCGUAAACCACUGCAGUUAGAUGUAACUCUGAGAAUAUUGCAAAUAAAACAAAGUAACUAUA